UAGAUUUGUCUACACACCUUUAUACCUGUACGGUUCAACAUUUUCAUAACCAAUUGACCGUUAUCAGUAAUCGGUCAUCGUGAAUUUCUGUGGCGUGGCUGUUGUCAAUAAGAUUACCAUGGAAAAGGGUCUCGGCCUUAUCCUCCUUGCUUCUCUUGCUGCGGGCUGUCGGAAUGGUUGGACGGUGAACAAGAAUUCUUGUUACCACGUCAGCCGUGAUACGGCGUCCUGGGUAGAGGCCACGAGAAUGUGUGAGAUACAUGGGAGCUAUCUAGUUUGGGUAGAAUCUGCUGAAGAGCAAACUUUUGUACAAAACUUGCUUCAAGGACACCAUCAUGAACACAAUUACUGGUUGGGAGGAUCUGAUUGGACAUCUGAAGGCACGUGGUUAUGGGAGCCAUAUGGCAAAGCCAUAAACUACACCAACUGGUUACAUGGACAGCCAGAUAACAGUCACAAUGCCGAACAUUGCCUCCUUUUGGACAGGCAUUCCCAUUAUAAAUGGAAAGACAAUGACUGUCAUGAGGCUUUUCACUAUAUUUGUGAGGACUCCGACGGAAUGAAGCCUACAUCAAGUGAAGUUUUGGGAUAGGAAUGAAAUUACUUCUACUUCUAUGAAUAAAGAUAGACAUUGCCUAAAA